AUGUCGUCAAAAUCGCAGGUCGAGAUGGUGGACGUUGAGUCGUUAAUCCCGAAUUUGGGACAUGCGCCAUAUCCUGGUUCCACGAAACAGGCUGCCGGUGUAGUCGGUGGGCAGCCGACGGAUGUCAUGGCUAUCUCAUUUCAAGACAAGAUUCUAGUGACCGUGACGCAGAAUGGACGCUUAGCACAAUGGCUUCACGUCCCGCUAGACAUCUCAGGCCCUACUGGUGGCUUUAAUACACUCGCGAAUCAGGAAGAUGGCCUCCUCCCUCGGCCGGAAUUCAAUGCUACUCCUUUACUUGGUGGUCGAUCUGGCGAUUGGGAAGUUGUCGGUCAGCUUUAUGCAUGCCAAAUUGCGACAGCUAUAGCUGCAAAGUCCCCUGAUGAGAAGAGAUUGUUGGUCGUGGGACUUGGCCUAGAGACAGCCGACGUCGACCGGGAUAUAUAUCUAGGCAUCGUCGAUCUUGUUCUGGAAUGCUUAUGA